AUGACCGGUCGAGGCGGUGGAGCUGCUCGCAAGACCCUGCUUGCGCCCAUUCAUUUCAUCUUCAAGCUUCUUCAACAGCGAUCGACGGUUUCAAUCUGGCUUUAUGAACAGUUGGCUUUCCGGAUAGAAGGAAAAAUCAGGGGAUUCGAUGAAUUCAUGAACCUAGUUGUCGACGACGCGGUUGAAGUGAGAAUGGCGACAAAGACUGACGAAGAGAAGCGGAGGCCUCUGGGCCAGAUAUUGCUGAAGGGCGACAACGUGUCGCUCAUCCAGGCCGUGCAGUGA